AUGCCUUCGGCCAAGGCGAAGGUGGCGUGUGUGGAGGACUGUGACAGUGAGCUAGGCGACGUAAAGGAGGGCACACGCCGAGAGGCCAGGCGGAAGACGACGUCCGGGCCGCCGCCGUCAUCAAUGGAGCGAUUUCGUCACAACACCCGGGAUGGAGCGAGUGACUCAGGAUACUCUUCGCACGGGAGCGGGACACACCGGAGGAGUGAGUCGUCCAGCACACAAGCGGUGUCAGACUCGGCGGCCAUGCCACCACCACCACGACCAGCGCCUGUGCAAGCAAAAAGCCGACCUGUUGUCCAUCCGCCUUCCAGCCAGCAGAAUCGGCCACAAGCGCCAACGAGGACAGCCUCGUUAUCCACAGCACCUGUGCAGUGCAGCGAUGUCAACUGCACUGACCCCAACUGUCCAGCCGCCAUUGCUGCGCGUCGUCGGAGCGCAUCGUACCAGUAUCCUGCUCAAUACGCCCAACAGUACGCCUCCUCGCCGGUGCAGUACCAGCAAUUGCCGCAGUACCAAUAUGCGCAAGUGCAGCAGGUCGCGACUGGGCAACCCGUGCCACAGCUUAAUGCACAAGCGCCUCUGCCAUCGCGAUCGACAUCUCGGCAGGGAAGGCCAGCCAGCAUUCAUGGCUACCCGGCAUACGACCCUGCCCAGGCUGCGAUGUAUCAGCAGCAGGUACUCCAAGCUCAACACGCGGAGUAUCAACGUCAAGUGGCAUUGCAAGCCCAGCAGCAACAACAGCAGGCGGUUUACCAGUCCGGUUAUGGCGCGUCCGCUCAGUACCCGGCAGCGGCACCAGUGCAGGCGUCGCCAACCUCCCCCAAUUAUCCUCCGUCACCGACCGCAGCCCGCACGUUCUCAGCUCGGACAGCAGCAGUGACUCCUAAUUACGAUACCUCGCAUGUUCGGUACACUGCUCCUCUGGCUCGCACCACUUCCGCUCGGACGACUUCUGCCAGACACAAUCCAGCUCGUACUUCCGGUGUACCUGGAGCGUUUCCAACAAGCGACCGGGAGACCUCGGAGUCCGACACCGACUCCGAAUACGAUGUAUCGGAAGAAGAGUACACAAGCUCUCGUCCGCGUUAUACCCGAGACGGCCGAACUACAUCGUCAUCAUCUCGUCGGCGCCCAUCAAUGGGCAAAACUUACGUUUCGGCACCAGCUGUCCCAACACAGUCGUCACGUGAGAGGUUGCAUCGCAGCUCCAGGUCUGGCACUAUGGGCGACUACAUUUACUCUUCCGAUGCCGUCGACUCGGACCGCACGGUACGUCCUGCCAUCGAGCGUGCCCGCACCAACUACUCGACUUCCACCCGCUCCAGCAGACGCCCAUCGCAAUCAACAACAACGUCUAGCCGGACUAAGUCCACCAACUUGUCUUCGCUCAACUCAGGCCUAGCGGGCAUCACUGUCGAAGACAGCCGCGGUCGCCGAGUCGAAUACAUGUCCCUUCGCGACCGUGAAACCAUCUUGGCGCAUGAGAGAUCCAAACGCUGGCAAGAAGACCUUCCGCCGCCGGUGACCUCCUCGCGCACACGGCGCGAGUCAGACCACCAACGUCGUCGCGAACAGGCGGUUGAAGACUACCAGGACGACAUCCGCGGCGGACCGGCUCAAGUACUGACCGCAGAGAAACUCCGCGCGGCUCAGCACCCACCAUCGAGCCGACGCCGCGAAAGCGUCUCCGGCCGCAGCCACCACACCAGCCACUCCGGCGCAUCGAAGUCCAGACGCGGCGAAGGUAUCACCGUCGAGAGCAACGGCACGGUGCUGCACCUCCACGGCGAAGGCACGAUCGAGGUGCAAGCUGGUGAUGACGGGCGGGCCCGGUUGAUCGUCAACGGGGCCGGGGGGAAUGGCAAGGAGAGGGAGAGGGAUAGCGCGUACUAUGGGAGCAAGAGCUCGAGCAGUCGGGUGGGCAGGAGUAGGGCGCCGAGUGAGGGGGGGAGGGGGAGGAGGGGGAGUAUGAGUGUUAAGGGGGAGAGGAAGGCUUCUUGA